AUGGCGAAAGCGUGCCUGGUCAUCCUGCCUGUGCGCAUGCGCCUGCGAGUGUGUGGAGAUGUCUGUGAGCUGCACUGCUCGAGCCUUGGUUGGCCCCUGGCCUGGGGUCUCCAGGUGCCAGAGGCCAUGGCGGGUGUUGGCGGGAGGCAGAGGCUGAGCUUGGAUCCCAUCAGGCGGCUGACAGGCUGGGUUGUGUCCCCCACAGUGAAGAGUGAGGACGAGGAUGGGGACAUGAAGCCUGCCAAGGGGCAGGGCGGCCAGAGCAAGGGCAGCGGGGAUGACGGGAAGGACCCCCGGAGGCCCAAGCGACCCCGCACCAUCCUCACCACGCAGCAGCGAAGAGCCUUCAAGGCCUCCUUCGAGGUCUCCUCCAAGCCCUGCCGGAAGGUCCGCGAGACGCUGGCAGCAGAGACAGGCCUCAGCGUGCGCGUGGUCCAGGUCUGGUUUCAGAACCAAAGAGCCAAGAUGAAGAAGUUGGCACGGCGGCACCAGCAGCAGCAGGAGCAGCAGAACUCCCAGCGGCUGGCCAAGGUGAGCCGGGGCCGGGGCCGGGACCAGGGGGCCUGGCUCCGUCACUUACACCAAGACGCCCAAGGAACCUCCCCCAAGGCCGUCAGCUCAGGGGACAGCUGCCUUGGAACCAGCUGA